UUCAUUGCUUCGCGUUCAGGAGAGCGCUUUCUCUUUUUGAACCUACAACUGGCCGUACAAUAACAAAUAUGGCGUCUUCCGCGGAUGUCCACGUCCGAAUUUGUGGCCAAGAAAUUAUCAAGUAUGACCUGGAAAUUAAGGCACUUGUUCAGGACAUCAGGGAUUGUCCUGGACCUCAGUCAACUCUCAUGGAGCUCAACUCUCAGGUCAAAGAGAAGUUCAACAAGCUGAGACUCAGAAUACAGGAUCUGGAACAGAUGGCCAGAGAGCAGGACAGAGAGACGGACAGACUGGCAAUCCUGGCAGAGACAGAAAGCCAGCGAAGACAAAUGCUGAGUAACCAGACAGUGUGGAGGAAAGCAAACCUGGCCUGUAAACUCUGCAUCGACCACACUGAGAAGGAUGAGCUUCUGCGUGGAGGAGAUUACCAGAGCACCAGACAGAGGAAGGUGACAAAAGAAUGCCUUGUGGAAACCAGCAGCAACAUCACAGAGAGUUUGAUGUCUAUAAGCAGAAUGAUGUCUGAACAAGUGAAGCAGAGUGAGGACACCAUCGGCACUCUGGCCACCUCCUCCAGGACAGUGCUAGAAACCAACGAGGAGUUUAAAAGCAUGACAGGAACCAUCCACCUGGGGAGGAAACUGAUCCUGAAGUACAACCGGCGUGAGCUGACAGACAAGCUGCUCAUUUUCCUCGCUCUGGCCCUCUUCCUCGCCACCGUCCUCUACAUCCUUAAGAAGCGUCUCUUUCCCUUCAUUUAGCUGUUUUGCUAAUAAACACACUUCAGGAAGAAUGUUUCCUAGUUACCACAAGGACUUUUAGGGUAUGAAGUAAAAACGUGAGUACGUAGUUGGAAUUAACAUUGAGACUGAACUUCUGGACAAAGAAACGGAGUCAAGUGGCCUUUGUUUUAAGGAUCAUCAAAAUGCAACAUGUUUCUUUACUAAAUGGGAAUGAAAGAAAAAUCGUAAACUGGCAUUCUGAGGUUUUGUGCAACAACAGUGAUAGGUUUACAGCCUCAGCAUGCUUUAAACAAACUUGGGCUGUUCCAAACAUCGCUAAAGCACUCCGUAGCUAUUGAGUUAUCAUCUAGUCUUAGUUUGUUAAAUAAUAAGAUGUCGAUGCACAAUUUGAUAUGGUCUAUCUUUCUACCCUUAAGACAUUCAAAGGGCUGCAUUUGAGUAAAAGCAAGGAGGAAAGCUUUGAGAAUGUUACAAUUAUACCUACUUUAACUCCUGAUCACCUGGGGUGAGUGUUUUAGAAAAGGCAUUUUGAAUUUGUAGUUGGAAAUUCAGAACUAACCAGGGACUAAGCCAUAGUCUGCAAUAACCCUAUUUUUCCAUCAGUUAAAUUAGGAUAUGUGUGUGUUUACACCUAGAAAGUGUUGUCUGCUCGAGACAGCUUUUGCAAAGAUGCCAUAGUUAGUUACUGACGAGUUUACCCUGCGCCUUUCUUCUACUGACUCAGAAAUGUGGUAUCACUCAUCCUCUUAAAUUCGUCUGUCAUGUUGAGUCGGAGAGUGCGUGUGAGGGAUGGCUUAUUGGUCAUCUGUUUUACUAUUUUACAGAACAGGGCUGAAUCAACACACUUCCUCUUUGUCCGGUAACAUCAUUGUAGUUUAUUUAAUUUCAAUCAAAAUGCUUACAAAUGUAUUUUUGGAUUCAUUUAAAUAAAAACGUACAAAACAUAGCUUGAAA